AUGGGAAACCUGCCAAAGUACCGAUUGCAGCAGAUCAAGCCAUUUCAUCAAAUAGGUAUAGAUUAUGCAGGCCCAAUUAGUUUAAAGGAACGUCGAUCUCGUAACUCUCAGAUCAAGCAGGCAUAUAUUUGCUUAUUUGUGUGUAUGAGUACAAGGGCUCUGCAUAUUGAGGUUGCGUCCGAUUUAACAACCGAAACGUUCCUUAUGGUAUUCACCCGUUUCGCUGCUCGCCGAGGAACAAUCCAGGCAAUAUACAGUGAUUGUGGUACCAAUUUUGUGGGAGCAUCUCGACUGUUCAAAUCAGUUGAUGAAUAUCAAAACGCUAUAAUCAAUCAUCUUGCCACACAUCAUAUUCAAUGGCACUUCAAUCCACCAUCAGCUCCACACUUCGGAGGUUUAUGGGAAGCAGGUGUCAAAUCCGUAAAACAACUGUUAUACCAAUCCAUAGGAAACCACCGAUUGACCAGCGAAGAAUUAAGUACGUAUCUAACGCGAAUCGAGGCAACUCUAAAUUCCAGACCGUUGGGUGCGAUGAGCAACGAUCCCGCGGAUUUCAACGUACUAACGCCUAACCAUUUUUUGACCCUGAAACCCAGUACUACUAUCCCAGAUCCAGAUCUGUCAACUCUUCCACUAUCUAAGAUGCAGCGCUGGCGGCUCAUCCGAGAUAUCCAUCAACAUUUCUGGAGUAAGUGGAAAAAUGACUUUAUUAAUACUUUACAACAACGCUUAAAAUGGACAAAGUCCAAUGGAACCUUGCAUCAAGAUGAUCUAGUUCUCAUCAAGGAACCAACCAACUCACUUCAAUGGAGACUUGGUCGAGUCAUGCAACUUCACCCAAGAACCGAUGGAAUAAACCGUGUUGCUACUGUCAAAACCGCUAUUUGA